CUUCCUUUUGCUUGGACUUCUAGAGAAGUUCACGACAAUUGGUGUUCCAGUUCCCUUUUUCUUUCAGUUUCCUUGGAUAUCGCAGUGCAUUGAAUUUGUAAUACUUUGUGUUGUUGCUUGAAAUUUUCUUGGAUGCAAAGAUCUAGGAUAUUAAAUUAUUCAACAUAAUGACUUGAUGGAAGAGUUGAUAAAUGAAAAACUUCCAGUACAUGAAAUUUGAGGCAUGUUGAUUAGGUUUUCAAAUGUCAUGGUUGCUAUCUUAUCAUUCAUUUUUGACACCAUCAUCCGUUGUUACUGUUUACUUGUUUCGAGACUGAAUGUGCUCUAGCAUGAUUGCUACUGUAACCUAUUAUUUGUAGUAUACAAAUGUGUAUUGUUAAAUUGAACUGUAACAUUACUAGAUGGCUAUAUGUAUGUACAGAUUGCUGCAAUGAGUAGCAAAGUAGCUGGUUCAUCAGCCCUUCAUGGUCGUGAUGGUUAUGGUUCAGCGAUGGCGGAGUCCCCUGGUGACUAUGUGCCAUCAUCAAGCCAUGGGUAUGGUCUCAAAGGUGAUCAAUUCUCCUCGGGGAUAAUUUCUGACUAUACUUCACUGGACAGAUCGUAUGGUGACCGUCAAAAUGCUUAUAGUGGGAGGGAGUUGCAAAGUGAGUCAAGUAGACGGUUCUCUGAUACUGUUGGUCUUGGUCAGCUUGAGAUUUACGAUCCCAUUGAUCAGGCAUCAUUGCUCCGACAACAACAAAUGCUGAAAGCCCAGUCUCUGCAAUCUGCCCCUCUAGAUGGGGGUGCUAGACACUGAUUAUCUUGCAGCAAAGAGUGCUGCUAUUCAUCAUUCAACCCAAGAUAUUAGCUCCUAUGGUGGAAGAAUGGAUUCAGAUCCUCGCAAUUUAUCAAUGCUUGGUGCUUCUUAUGGUGGACAAAGUGCUUCAUCAAUCCUGGGGGCAGCUCCUCGGAGAAAUAUUGAUGAUCUCAUGUAUGCGCAAGGUUCAUCAAGUUCAGGUUAUGGAGUGAGCCUGCCUCCUGGUCGGGACUAUGCCACUGGAAAAGGACUUAAAAGUGGUGCUUCUCUUGAGUUUGGUUAUCCAAGUAGUAUCCUGUCACGCGGUGGGCAUUCAAGCAUUGGAGGAUCUAGGAUUGAUGAAAGAAAGGAUGAAAGGAUUGGGCUUUGUCAGGAGGUUGAGAUAAGGGAGGAGGAGCAUCGUAGGGAGCACAUGCGAGAAAGGGAGAAGGAGCGGGAGCGGGAGCG